GUUAGAGAGGGGCUGGGUUGAGCAAUGGCGGAGAGGCGCUUUAUGGGAGGGCAGGGCUUUUAAUUUAAUUUUUUUUUUGCGUGCCUUGAAACGGAUUCCUUCCUUCCUUUUCGGAUCCAUGCUACGUGCAUGGGUCCUUUCCCUGCUCACGAGGAGCAGUCGCCCCUCUGCUCUUGGCAGCGUUGGCAGGGAAUGGGGGGAACGGGUGGGUUGCCCUCUGGUUGCCCUGAAGGGAGAGACUCGGUCCCCAUCCUGCUCGAGGCGCUGCAUUGGAGCAGGAGCCUCCCUCCCCACCCACUGACGAGACCGGGGGACGCCCCAUAUCUUGAAGAAGAAGGGAUACUCUUCGUUGCUUUGUUUCUGCUGCAGCGGAGAGAAAAGUCACGGGUCGCUGAAUAAAGUUUAAAGGGUGUCAAAAUUGUGGCAUGCAUGAGGUCUGGUGGGCCCGCCGGCAUCAGAUGCACCACGCGAGUAGGCUGACAUUUGCACACAUGGGGAGAAAGGAGGGGGAAAGCAGCAGAACCCCAAAGCAGUAAAGUGCAAGAGGCGCAACCCGUGGGUUUCUUACGCAGAGCUCAGAUGUAUACAUGAAUGCAUUCACAACUGCAGCCCAGUAAAUUGGCAAUACAAUAAAUUUGCUCAGCAGAGCUAGGCAGAUCCCAGUGGUGGGGUUUUUGUUUUUUGUUUUUGUUUUUUAAGAAUCAAAAAGGUGCUGGUACACAGUUCUUGAAGUUUCCCAAAGGAAUCAGCACAUAUUCCUGUAAAGAGACAAGCUGCUGCUGAAGAAAUUGAGGCUUACAGAAAGAAAAGAAAGCCGUACGUGGUUGCUGCACAAGAGCACGUCACAGAUGCCAUUUGCCUGGGCUUGUUAUUAAUUUUUUGCAAUGCCUGCUCAGACGAUAACGGAACAGAAGUGAUCUACUCUUGCAACUCGUUUCCUUUCCUUGUGAAAUUGGCUCGAGAGAAAAGAAGAAGAUGUUUCAUGUGGUCUGGAAUCGGCAUCUAAAGCUAAUGAGUCGCAUCGUGGUUUCUGAUGUGUAUUUAAAGUUGAUUUUUUCAAGAAGCUUUGCCCUUGCACGGACACCAUGGAUGUCUAGGCAUUCUCUUGUCGGGGACAAGAAUAUUGUCCUGAUGGGACCCCCUGGUGCCGGUAAAACAACAGUGGGGAGAAUAGUAGGGCAGAAACUAGGCUCCUGCUUCAUAGAUGUGGACGACGAUGUCCUUGAAACAACCUGGAACAUGAGUGUGGCAGAAAAAUUGAAGGAUGUUGGCAAUGAGCAAUUUUUAGAAGAGGAAGGAAAAGCCUUGUUAAAUCUUUCAGCAUCCGGAAGUGUCGUUUCCCUUACUGGCUCCAACCCAAUGAAUGCUGCCAGCAUGGAGCACGUGAAGAAAAACGGGGUUGUGGUCUAUCUGGACGUACCGACACAAAGCAUCAUGGAUCGGUUGCAGUUGAUGAAAGUAGACCGUAUUGUAGGGCAGGGGCCCGGAACCUCACUGAGAGACAUUCUCCAGUUUCGGAAGCAGUUUUAUAAGAAGUGGUACGAUGUCCGUGUGCUUUGUGAGAACGGAAUUACAGCCGACGCUGUUGCCGAGAAAGUGCUUCAUGCAGUGAAGCGGUACCAAGACUCUGACUCAGAUGGCUUCAUUUCCACCAGGAGUCUAAGAUGCAAUAAGAAGGUUGAGCCAAAAGGCUCUGUGAAAUAUUUCAGCGAUGUUCUUGUUGAGGGACUGGCGCCUGAUGGUGGGCUUUUUGUUCCUGAGAUGGGGCUUCCAGUAUUCACUGCAGGAGAAUGGCAACAUCUACUAGGCGCGAGCUAUGCUGAAAGAGCUCAGGUUAUACUGGAAAGGUGCAUACAUCCUGCUGAUGUGCCUGCUUCCAAGUUAUGGGAAAUAGUUCAGACUGCCUAUGGACAAAAUUUUACCUGUUCUAAAAUUGCCCCCGUUAGGCACCUGGCAGGCAAUCAGUUUCUUCUGGAGCUGUUUCAUGGACCAACGGCUUCAUUUAAGGAUUUGGCGUUGCAGUUGAUGCCCCACCUGUUUGCAUAUUGCAUCCCCCAAAGCUGUAACUAUCUGAUCUUGGUAGCUACUUCCGGUGACACAGGAAGUGCCGUCCUGGAUGGUUUUAGUCGGCUUAAGGAGACGGAUAAACAAAGGAUUGCUAUGGUCACCCUUUUCCCCCAGGAUGGAGUUAGCCAGAUUCAGAAAUCACAGAUGGUCGGCUACCAGGAAGCAAACACAAAAGUAAUAGGUGUCAGAUCGGAUUUUGAUUUUUGCCAGUCUGCCAUCAAGCAGAUGUUUACCAAUUCAGAUUUUACCGGCUUUCUCACUGUGGAAUACGGGACAGCGUUAAGUGCAGCAAAUUCUAUAAACUGGGCUCGCUUGCUUCCCCAGGUGGUCUAUCAUGCCUCUGCCUACCUUGACCUUGUAGAGCAAGGCAUCAUUUCCUUUGGGAACCCUGUCGAUGUCUGUGUUCCCACAGGGAACUUUGGCAACAUACUAGCGGCUAAGUAUGCGCAAAUGAUGGGGAUCCCUAUACGGAAAUGCAUCUGUGCUUCCAAUCAAAACAACGUCUUGACGGAGUUCAUAAAAACAGGCCUGUACAAUAUAAAGGAGAGGCGAUUAAUGCAAAGUCUGUCACCGGCAGUGGACAUUUUGAAGUCUUCCAACCUUGAACGACAUUUGCACUUGAUUGCUAAUGGGGACGGGCAGCUGGUGACGCAACUGUUUAGCAGUCUGGAGAAUCAGCGCUGCUUCCAGUUGCAGGAACACUUCCUGGACAGGCUUCAGCAGGAUUUGGUGGCUGAUUGGUGCUCUGAGGACGACUGCCUGGGUGCCAUUCGCUCUGUGUUCGAUACCACAGGCUACAUUUUAGAUACGCACACAGCUCUCGCAAAGGUGGUUGCCGAUCGACUGCAAGAUAAAACUUGCCCGGUGAUCAUUUCUUCUACGGCUCAUUAUUCCAAAUUUGCACCUGCUGUCCUACAGGCAUUGAGGAUUGGAGAAAUCAAGCAGACUCCGUUAAGUCAGCUUCACUUGUUAAACUCUUAUAACCCUUUGCCUCCGGUCCACAGGGGCCUAUUAGAGACUCUGAAAAAGAACGAGAAGCAGCAGUACCAGGUUUGUGCUGCUGACAUGAACGUCCUUAUGGAACAUGUUGAAUCCUUAAUACAAAACCACUUCAUGAAGGUUUUCUAACUGUAGGCUUAUUUGACAUUUGCCUCCUAUGGCGCUUUGAAUAUUUCCCCCCCCCUCCUCCUCCUCCUGACACAUUCACCCAAAAGCAUGUUUUAAUAAAUACUUAGUAAACACA